GGCACGUUUCGAACGUUAGCGUUUUCCCUGGUCUGUACCGGACCGCCUUUGCGAGCGUUCCACGGUUCGAACGCUGAGUGGGGAAAGGAAAGGGAAACCCCCACGUUCGCAGGCUCUCAACGUUCGGAGGCUGGAACGUUGCCGCUCUCAGCGUUCGGCAGGCAGCGCGCGGUCUUGAGCGGGGCUCCUUCCUUUUAAAUCUCACUCCACCGGCCACCCCUUUCCUCAACUCGCAACUUUGCCCAGUGCAACUUUGCUCAUAGCUUGCUCGGCGGCGGUGCCACCCAUUUCCACCCGAUUCCUCCCCCCCCCCCCGGCCGCCGCGCGUCCACCCACUUCCCUUGUGUUUGUUCUGAUUGACUUUUUCUGGGGACGUGCUGGGCGUCCCUGGCUUAUCUCCUCCGUCCCUGGUGGGGAAUGUGGAAAUGGCCGGUGACAGGAGCCCUGGGGUCUUCUUGUGCCGGCGACGCUUUGGGCUCCUGCUGCUGGCGACGGCGGCGGCCGGACUGUGCGGCGGGGUCUCCGGAGUCAAGAAUCCCAGCUGCCACGAAGUGAGGACGGCGUUUCAGAUCCGACAGAUCGGCCCCCUCAAGCUGGUGCCCGAUGUUCCCACGGCCGAUUCCAACUUGCAGAUCUGCCAACACAAAGUGCAAACAUGUUGCACUAGAAAGAUGGAAGAAAGCUAUCAAGCAGCAGUUCGGAGAGAAAGGAUGGAGAACAUCCAGACUCUAAAUUUUGAACUGAAAUAUAUGAUUGUCGGUCACAUCACAGCUUUUCAAGCGGCCUUUGAGUCCUUGCUUCGUUUUGCUGAGAACCAUACGACUUCUCUGUUUGAGACUGUCUACAGAUCCAUGUCAAAGGAAGCAGCAGAGCCUGUCAAAGAGCUCUUUACAGACAUCUCUCUCUACCUCUUGGGCGCUCAGACCACAGUGGAAAGUGUCCUUUUCCGGUUCUUUGACAGCCUCUUCCCUUUGGUUUACAGCCGCCUAAUCAACCCAGGCAUGGCGAGUCUGUCAGAGGAGUACACAGAGUGCCUGCGGCUCACACGGCAAGAUAUAAAUCCAUUUGGACUCUGUUCUAAAGAAGCCGUUACAAAGUUGGAAAAGUCUCUUUGGGCAAGCAGGACAUUCAAUCAGGCCCUGGGUAUAGGCAUUGAAGUGCUGAAUGCUACUGAACAUGCCACGUUGACAAAGGAAUGCAGCAGAGCCCUAGUGAAGAUGCAGUAUUGCCCACAUUGCCAAGGUCUGACUCUGAUCAGGCCCUGUGAAGGGUAUUGUCUCAACGUCAUGAGGGGCUGUUUUGCCAGCAUAUCUGAACUGGACUCUCAGUGGAGGGAAUAUAUCUAUACCCUGGAGUAUCUCACUAACGAAAUGGCUGGAUCGUAUGAUCUAGAAGCGGCACUUUUGGGCAUCCGGAAUUCAAUCAAUGACGCCAUCUUGCAUGCCCAGCUGAAUGGACCUCACCUGUCUGCAACUGUAGAUAAAGUGUGUGGACAGCCUGAAGAAAAAGAAGUGAAACCUUUACCAGACAACAUAGUUCAAGCAAAGGAAGUAACUGAGACACAGGCUCUGACAAUGACACACUCAAAUACUCUAAGCAAUAAAAGGAGUUCUCUGCCUCUGAAAUCUUCAAAGAAUGACAAAUCCAGAAGUUUGAAAAAAAUUGCCCGGGAAUUCAUCAACUACAUGAAACGAUCCAGAACACUCUAUGCCUCUUUAACUGAAAGACUCUGUGAUGGUGAUCUUGUGAUGAAAGACAGUUCGACUUGCUGGAACGGAGAGGAUGUUGUAGAAAGUUAUACAAGCAGAGUGGUUACCAAUGGGAUGAAGGCACAAAUUAAUAACCCAGAAUUGAAAGUCAGAGGAAUGGACCCACACGUCAGUAACUUAAUUGCUAAACUGCAACAAUUUAAUCAGGGGGCAACUGAGAAAACAAACUUAAAGUCGGAAAGAAUGGCUAUCAGGGACGGCGGCAGUGGGAAUGGAAUGAAUGAAGAGGUGGGAUCCAGCGGAGAAUGUGAUGAUGAGGAUGGAUGUCAAGGAUCUGGUGAGAGGAGCCUCACGAAAGAUGUUCUUGGAGCUGGUCCAGAAGACAGGAAUGAACCGAAGCCAACUGUGAGAAAGGUGGACACCACAACCACAGCUUCUGUAAAAUCAUCUCCUAAACAUAAAGUGGACAGCAGCAAUAUGGGAAACAGAGCUUCAAGUUCCUUGCUCUUUAUUAUUACAGCCCUUGCAGUUUUGUGGCACUCUUUGUUGUAGCUGCAUUAUGCGGCGAUAACUGUGCAGUUUCUGCUCGCUGUCAUUUAUACCUACAGCCUUAUCCAAGUAAAAACCAAGUUUAAUGGCUCUCUCAAUGGUGCACUCUAGCAUUAUGUGGUAUGUUAGUGUAAGUACUAAACAUUAGUCUGGGACUGGUUAACAGCAAGCAUCUCCAUAGCUGUCGGUAUCUGGAGAUGGCUCUUGAUAACACCUCAUCUACUCAAGAUGUAAAAAAAAUAAAAAUAAAAGGAUGAAGACAGGAAACCUGAGUAGAUUAAGUUAUUGUGGCAGACACAAUUAAGAAUGUUAAAGUUGUAAAUUAAUAUGUUGGCACCCCCCCCCUUUUCUUUUUUUCUCAUUGAGUAAUGAACCGGCUGCCUAUUUGUUUGAUCUUUCUUGUGAGUUUCACUGCAUAAUUGGUUUUCAGGUACAGGUCAAUAACACGGUAUAUGUUUUGGGAUCAGCCACUAUAUAUUAUAAACAAAGUACAGUGCUAUCUACCAGUUGGAUAAAAUUCUGAAGCGGUCAGGAAAACCAUAGCAUGUUCAAAUCUCUUAUUUUCUUUCGUAGUGUUUAGGAUGUAGAAAGCAAUAUAAGAACCAUAUGCUGUGUUUAAUGUAUCAGUAUAGCUGCCUUAACUGUUGGCAACACGUAGAAACACUUCUCAAGUUAUUUUGAAACAUAUAGAAGUGUUUCACUGCCCAUGCACUUCAUUACCAUACGCUUAAGACUUGACUGUGUUGUGAAUACCUGACAAACGUGAAAGGGAGAAGAGCGGCACUUGAUUGCUGAGACAUAAACUGUCACUUCUUUAAAUUCCUCUACAGUUCCUGUAUGGUGUAGCCAUUGAGAUAACAAAAGCCCUGGUCCACAGAUCCUCACAUGGUGCUACAUAGCUAUCAGAAGAGAGGUGGGAAACCUGCAGCCCUACAGAUGCUAUGGCUCUACAACUCUCAUCAGCCCCAACCAUCAUGGCCGAAGGUCAGGAAUGAUGGGAGCUGUAGCCCAGCAACAUCUAGAGCAGGCACCCCCAAACUCGGCCCUCCAGCUG